AUGCACGCCAAACAAUCGAUCGUAUGGGCCUUAGCCGCUCUACUUGCGACGGUGAACGCCCUCCCUAACAGUCUUGAAUACAACGACAAAGGCGCCAUCGAUCCAACGAACAAUGCACAUCUUGACACUCAAGAGCCCGUCAACACAGAUCUCGUUGCCCGAGACCCAUUCGCAGAAAUGGACGAGUACUUUGCCGGAGAAAAACAUUUCAAAGGAGAACCACCUUGUCUGCAAAUAUGGCCCCAAAACCCGGGUCGAGAACCUUCAGACCAGGAAAUUGCAAAUGCUCGUAAAGAAGCACAAUGGAAAAAGUAUCCCGUCGGUUCAAAGCCCCCGAUCUGUGACUUGCAAUAUGUCACCUGCCUCAGACUCGGUAAAGGUGUUCCUGCCGGCGGAAGAGGCUUCUGGCAAAUCGCAACUUGGGAUGGCGGCGAUGGCACCAAGCUUACUGCCGUGAAAUACUGGCAGUCUUCCAUCACUUGGGUCAUGCCCGGCGGAAGCGCAAAAUGCUAUCUUGCGCACGGAUGUCAAUGGUGCUGCGCGAACGGCAUCCUGAACAUCAAGUACGAAGAAGAGAACUACUUCCUGAGUGGCGUGUCGCAAAGGCCAGAGGAUAAGAAAUAUCUCCAAGCUUGGGACUCUCCAGCCUGGAACGGAGCUUGCCAUUGUGGCUAUCAUCUUAGUUCGGAUUUGACUAUUGUUGCCACCCAGAAAAAGUGA